AUGGUCAAAUGGCACGGCUUCGCUUGCGCUGCCGCCGCCGCCAUCGGCCACAGCGGCAUCGACGCGACGCGCAAGUACGCGUCGCAGACGCUCUCCUCUGCCGAGCUCGUGACGCUCGUCGGCAUUCUCGAUGCGCUCUUCCUCUCCUCCUUCAUCCUCGCGUUCCGCCUCGUCACCGACCUGCGCUUCGUGACCUCUGACUCUGCUUUUGAAAUAGCUUCGGAUGCAGGCAUGGAUUCUCCAGACCUGCGUGCCGAGGCUGACUUGGUGCUAGGUUCGGACAUAGCGUUGGAUUUGAGCUUCGGGCAGCGAAUCGAACGGGCAGUGAGUGAAAGACACUCGGGCAGCGGGUUAAGGGCAGAAGGGAGGGCAGGAAACGCGGCGGGAGAAGAGGAAAGGGAGGAGGUGACAGCUGGGGGAGGGAGGAAUGCCACUUUGGCUGGUGAGAGUACCGGAGAGAGCAGACAGAGAAGUUUUCCUGAAGGUUCUAGCAGCAGUGAGAUCGUGGCCGGCGGUGGGUUCGGAGGCGGAAGAGGGUUCUAUUCCCGAGCCUCAAGAGGCCGGUUCGGCACUGGCUUGGGAAUUGGGCUAGGUUCGGCUCACCAUCCCCAGGAGGAGCAUGGAUCCGCCCAAUCUAGCCCUGCCACGUCAGGAGGGCGAACGAUCACAAGGGGAGACGGGGCAAGAGGGGAAGCAGGGGAGGUGGUGGGUGAAGGGGAGCAGGGAGGAGGGGAGGGCAAGGGGGGGAAGAGAGAGAGCGUGAGACAACAGCAGGAGGCGACAGCACAGCAAGGAGCAGCGCCGUCGUCAGCAGGAGGGGUGUGGCGAACGAGAAGUGGGAGGCGGAGAGGGGGGUGGAUGGGGGCUUGGUUGCUGGUGCUGCUGCAGCAGGUGUGGGGGGCGGUGGUGGGAGGGAAGGAGGAGCGGGAUGUGGAGGCGGGGAGGAGGGGGUGGGUGAAGGUGCUUGUGUCGAGGACGACUCGUGUGCGCCUGCUGCUGGGCGCAGUGCUCGCCCCGUUGGGAAAGAGGGCCGGCGUCGUCUGGCAGUAUCUGCACGGUCCGCUGAAGCGGUUACGAGUGGUGGUAACCGCAUGGGCAAGGGCACCAAUGCGAGUGGCAGCACGAGUGGUGCGGGUGCCGUGGGUGGUGGUGAAGGGGGCGCUGAGGUGGGUGGGCGCACAGAAGCGCCACGAGGGGCCGAUGCUCAUGAUGGGGUGCGCCGUGCUGCUCAGCUUCACCAACGGGUAUGGCCCCCACCGCCCCCCUGCUCCCUGCUCCCUCAGUUGCUCACCCACCAUCCAUUCCGCUCACCAUUCACACGCGUUCUUGUCCUCUGGCGCUUCAAUCUCCCUCCCCCCGCUGCUGCUUCCCCUUGCUGCCCCCUCCUUGCCCGCACCCACCUUGUUGCCCCUCGCCCCUGCCCCCACUGCUUCUCCCCGCAGGUGUGACAAGCUGGGGGUGCACCAGUCGCCGUCAGUGGUGGUGUUUGCGGGCCUGCAGCGCCUCUUCAUGGCCGUGCCACCCGUGCUCUACCUCGCCGCCACCAGGUGUGCUACAGCUGCCCCCAGGUGUGCUACAGCUGCCCCCAGGUGUGCUACAGCUGCCCCCAGGUGUGCUACAGCUGCCCCCAGGUGUGCUACAGCUGCCCCCAGGUGUGCUACAGCUGCCACCAAAUGUGCUAAAACUGCAGCUGCGUCUGCCUCUUGCCGCCACCACGUGCACUUUCAACCUCACCAAGCGAGACUUGCUGCUUGCAUUGCACCACAUGCAACUUGCCCUCCCCUUUUUUCUCACCUCCCCUCAUCCCCCCUCCUUCCCCCUUCCCCCAGACCAUCCGCGUUUCCCCUGCUCCUGAAGCACUUCCCGCUGCUGGCGGGCAUAUCAGCAUGUGAGAUCACGGCUAUUGUCUUCUAUCUGCAAAGCCUGCACUGGCUCCUCGUCUCCUACUCCGUUGCUGCGAAGCGCAGCAACAUUCUCAUCUCCAUGUUUGUCGGCUACUUCCUAUUCAAGGAGAACAUAUGGAAGAGACUACCAUACGUGCUGCUCAUGAUCGCUGGAAUGGCACUCAUUAUCUUUGCCGCAUGA